CUUCUUGCCCCGCCAUCUUUAAGUGCACUGUCAUCGGCACGACUAGCAAGCGGGCUGAAGAGACCGUCUCGUUGCACGUUGUUACACAUUGAACAGCGAUUAAUUUGUAUCGACGAACAUGUCGAGCGGUGCGCUCUUCGGUAACAAUGCGUCGCGCGGCGCCUCGAAAAAUCUGGUGGAGUUCAAGGCCGGCAAGAUGACCGUGAAGGGGAAGAUGGUUUACCCCGACACACGGAAGGGCCAGCUGUACGUCUAUCAGUCCGACGAUUCGUUAAUGCACUUUUGUUGGAAGGAUCGCACCUCCGGAGUGGUCGAAGAUGAUUUGAUUAUCUUCCCCGAUGACUGCGAGUUCAAGCAUGUUCCCCAGUGCAAGACUGGCAGAGUAUAUCUCUUACGAUUUAAGUCGUCGAGUAAGAAGUUCUUCUUCUGGCUCCAGGAUCUCAAAACGGACAAGGACGAGGAACACUGUAGAAAGAUCAACGAUGUAUUGAAUAACCCGCCGACUCCUGGUUCUCAAAGGAGCGGUGGUGCCAAUGCUGAGGGUGAUCUCCAAAAUUUGUUGAAUAACAUGUCGCAACAGCAGCUCAUACAGUUGUUCGGCGGUGUUGGACAGAUCGGUGGUCUUGGAAGCUUGCUCGGUACGAUGAAUAGACCGCACGGCGUUCAGAGUACAAGAGCGUCCACGACGACGUCAUCGAGCCCGGCGACUACGAAUGUGGCUAGACCGCCGCAUUCGUUGACUCCUGGACCCAAUGCAGACUCCAAGACCUCGAGUAAUAAUAAAUCGUCAUCAAGAACACCGGCUCCGUCCACACCGACCACCACGACAACCACAGCUCCAAACAAUCGGAUACAGCUUAGCGACCUGCAGAACUUCCUGUCGGAAAUACCGACGCCACCUCAGGCAGAGCCUGCUGUCCAGGUAAUAUCAUCUAUUUUUCAAUAUUUAUUAUUGGAUUAAUAUAAAUUUCUAUAUACAUAAAGUUUCUCUUUUUGACUCCGAUUGAGAGACAAUCAGCAUCGAAAGUUUAUUAACAGACAAUUGGGUGAUACUGUAUCGCGUACAGAUUAUAAGGUGCAAUGUACUAUUUUCCAUAAUGUAUCAUAAUUUGGGGAUGUGAUGUGGAUGGGGUCAAUUCCGAAUUAUAGCACGUACAAUCCUUUGAUAGCAGAUAUAUUAGGAGUGUGAUUUAGUUUUAAGGGUUUUGCAACAGAUGGCUGUAGUGUCAGUUUGUUCCAAUAGCUGUUUUCGAUAACAGUGUUGAC